GGUGGUGAAGGUACAGAGUAAAGAAGAAGCCCAAUCUGCCAACAUGGGUGCUCUGGUGAUCAGUGCUGGUGUCUUGCUUUUGUUUACACUUUGUACUCCUGGUAAAGUUUGCGAUUUUGGAAAUGUCAUGAAGAUCGACACCACUGGAGCCUCAGAGGUAACAGCCAGCCAGGACAACCUGACCGUAAAAGGUGUGGCGGCGUCGAACAAGCUGUGCGAGCACGACCUGCAGAGGAUGGAGCAGUACAAGGACCUCAUCGUCAAGGUUGCACGAGCCAAGAAAAUGGACCCGGCUGUGAUCGCGGCCAUCAUCUCCAGAGAGUCCAGGGCUGGAGCCGCGCUCGAAAACGGUUGGGGAGACAAUGGAAAUGGUUUUGGACUCAUGCAGGUCGACAAAAAAAGCCACACACCUAGAGGAGCCUGGAACAGCAAGGAACACCUCACACAGGGCACCGAGAUCCUGAUCAACAGCAUAAAAGCAGUAAAAAAAAAAUUUCCCAAAUGGUCCAAGGAGAAGCAGCUCAAAGGUGGAAUCUCGGCCUACAACGCCGGCGUGGGAAACGUCCAGACCUAUGAGAAAAUGGACGUUGGUACCACAGGGGGCGAUUACGCUAACGACGUGGUGGCCAGAGCGCAGUGCUUCAAACGCAAUGGGUUUUAAGGAACGUCCACAGAUGCCAUGCAGCACCAUGUGAUGAUGUGGACGGUGGUUUGGAGAACAUAUGUUAGGAGCUGAUACUUUUGAUAAAUUAUGCAAAUAUUUAUCGUGGAUCAUCAUAAUAAUCAGAAUAGUUCAGCUGUGUAAGGGCUGCAUUU